AGCUUUACAGAACUCCUCCUGGGAUUUGGGAAGCGGGGGCAGGUUUUUCCUUCUUUACAAAAAGAUAAGCACAACUUCCUAGUUUAUUUGUAGGAAUGAAAUUGAAAGUGGGUAAGUGAAGAAGAACAGGGAAACUACUUUCUGUAAACAAAUAAACAAUGAAUGAAGGAUUGCAGAAAAGUGAUAGUUUUGAAUGUUAAAAUAUGCAUAUAGAUGUGUAUCUGAGGUGAGGUGAUCUGAAUGGUGAUCUGAUUGUAGGUGAGGUGAUCUGAAUGAUCUGUAUCUGAGGUGAGGAGGAACUGGUGCAGGAGGAGACUCGACCCACGCGCACCUGUUUGCCGGAUUUUCCAGGUUAAAAUGCAAAAUGGCGACAAACCGGAAAUGAAACAGGUGGAUAUUCUCACCCGAGACGCUUUACUGGGAAGCGGGUUUACUGGUGAAAGCGGGUUUGUUCUCUUGCCCUGCCGGGUAAAGGCAGUGGGAGCUGCAGUGGGAUGCGAGCCUCAGCAGGAAGAGCCGCUGUGGGACUCUGUGCGGGAACUGAACAGGAACUCUUGUCUGUGAGCUGAACCCGGGGGACUGCGCUGCGCUGCGCUGCGCUGUGGCAGGUGUUUAGACUUGAGACUUCACUGAACCCUCACUGGACUGGAUUCAUUUAACCAGAUGGGACUGAAGUGACUCUUCCAGCUGUGUAGUUUAACCUGGACAGGGUGCCCUACAUUAACACACUGCAUUCACAGCACCUGUUGUUAACGUGGCCAUGGAGGACGCCGCCAAGUCUGAGUCCAACGUGACGGUAGCCGUUCGGGUUCGACCCUUCAACAGGAGAGAGAGGGAUCUAAAGACAAAAUGUGUGGUGGAGAUGGAGGGAAAUCAGACCGUGCUGCUUCCAGCAGGCAGCAACCUCGGAAAAGGAGACAGCAGGAAUCAGCCCAAGGUGUUUGCAUACGAUUACUGCUUCUGGUCUAUAGAUGAAACACAGUCGGACAAGUUUGCAGGUCAGAACGUCGUGUUUCAGUGUUUGGGGGAGAAACUGUUGGAUAACGCAUUCCAAGGCUACAACGCCUGUAUAUUCGCUUAUGGCCAAACAGGUUCAGGGAAGUCGUACACCAUGAUGGGUUCAGCCGAACAGCCCGGUCUGAUCCCUCGCCUCUGCAGCUCUUUGUUCGAACGCACCAUCCAUGAACAGAAAGAGGGCGAAAACUUCACCGUCGAGGCCUCCUACAUGGAGAUCUACAACGAGAAAGUCCGAGAUCUGCUCGAUCCCAAAGGGACGUCUCAGGUGUUGCGAGUGAGGGAGCACAAGGUUUUGGGCCCUUAUGUUGAUGGUCUUUCCCGUAUGGCUGUGACCAGCUACAAGGACAUCGAGUCUCUGAUGUCAGAAGGGAACAAGUCACGCACGGUGGCCGCCACCAACAUGAACGAGGAAAGUAGCCGCUCACACGCUGUCUUCAACGUCAUCCUCACACACGCGAUGCAAGACCUGCAGUCAAAUACGAGUGGAGAGAAGGUGAGCAAGUUAAGUCUGGUGGAUCUGGCUGGCAGCGAGCGAGCGGCUAAAACCGGAACCUCAGGAGAGAGCCUCCGAGAGGGUAGCAACAUCAACAAAUCUCUCAGCACUCUGGGCCUGGUGAUCUCGGCGCUGGCCGAUCAGGGAACUGGAAAAUGCCGGAAUAAAUUUGUGCCCUACAGAGACUCCGUACUCACAUGGCUCCUGAAGGAUAGCCUGGGAGGAAACAGCCGCACGGCUAUGAUAGCAACUGUGAGUCCGGCUGCCGAUAACUAUGACGAGACGCUGUCCACGCUGCGCUACGCAGAUCGAGCCAAGAGCAUCGUUAACCAUGCCAUAAUCAACGAGGACCCCAAUGCCAGGAUCAUCCGCGAGCUCAGGGAGGAAGUGGAGAAACUCCGAGAGCAGCUCACUCAGGCUGAGUCAAUGACAGCCCAGGAGCUGAAGGAGAGGCUGGAGGAGUCCGAGAAGUUGAUCCAGGAGAGGACGAUCACAUGGGAGGAGAAGCUCAGGAAGACUGAGGAGAUUGCGCAGGAGAGGCAGAGGCAGCUAGAGAAUUUAGGAAUCUCUCUUCAGUGUUCUGGUAUCAGGAUGGUGGAAGAUAAGUCAUUUCUGGUGAACCUCAACGCAGAUCCGGCCCUCAACGAGCUCCUCGUCUACUAUUUAAAGGAUCACACACAGAUAGGCUCUGCCGACUCUCAAGACAUCCAGCUGUGUGGCAUGGCCAUUCAAGCAGAGCACUGUGUGAUUGACAUCACACCUGACUCAGGGGUCAUGAUCACGCCAAAGAGGAAUGCACGUACGUGUGUGAACGGCUGUGCAAUCUCAGCCCCAGUCCAGCUGCACCAUGGUGAUCGCAUUCUCUGGGGAAACAACCACUUUUUCAGGAUCAGCUUGCCAAAGUCUCGUUCCCGUGCAGAGGUCGAAGAAGGAGGCGUGAAGAAGACGCCAAGUGUGGAGCAGCUGGAUGUGGAUCUGGACCGAAUAAGCCAGGGGUCGAGCGAGGCCAGCUUCAACUAUGAAUACGCCCAGGCUGAGGUCAUGAUGAAGGGUCUGAAGAGUGACGACCCAAUGCAGUCUGUUCUUCAGGCUCUGGAGCGCAGGCACGAGGAGGAUAAGCGUACAGCUCUGGAGCGUCAACGCCUCCUGUAUGAGGAGGAGCUGCAGCGGCUGCGCAAACGCCUGAGUCCUCAACAGAAAGGCAUCCAGGUUGGGAUUCCCUCUUCAUCGUCGACAUCGUCGUCUCCAAAAUUACAGUGCCAUCAAUGGCAUGGCAGCGAGGAGAGAGAGGCAGUUUUGGCCCGGAGUCUGCAGAAGCUCAGGGCGCAGAUAGUGAGAGUGAAUCUGAUGGUGCAGGAAGCCGCCUUCAUCGCCGAGGAGCUCAACAAGAAGACGGACUACAGCGUCACACUGCAGAUCCCUGCAGCCAACCUUAACGCCAAUCGCAAGAGGGACACCGUGUUGAGUGAGCCAGCAGUGGAGGUGAGACGGAAGGGAAAGGGGAAGCAGAUCUGGGCCUUGGAGAAGAUGGAGAACAGACUAGUGGAUAUGAGAGAGCUUUACCAGGAGUGGAAGGAUUUUGAUGAAGACAAUCCUCUCAUGCGCUCGUACUUCAAGCGUGCCGACCCGUUCUUUGACGAGCAGGAGAAUCACAGUCUGGUUGGAGUGGCUAACGUGUUCCUGUCCUGUCUCUUCUACGAUGUUAAACUGCAGUAUGCUGUUCCCAUCAUUAACCAGGAAGGGGAGGUCUCGGGGCGUUUACUCGUCGAGGUGGAAAGAGUGUGUGGAACUGUGGAGACGGAGGCAGGACAAGAGGAGGCUGAUGCACACGAACGCAAACUCGUCUGCAGGAUUAAGGUGUCUCAAGCCACUGGACUUCCUCAGCACCUCUCCAACUUCGUGUUUUGUCAGUAUGAUUUCUGGGGACAGGAGGAGCCGGUGUUCAUCGUUCCUGAGGUCAAUCCGUCCACCCAGUCUUCCCUGAACAGCAAAGAGCUGCACAGCAGCGUGCUCUUCAACAGCUCGAAGGAUCUGGAAGUGACGGUAACUGAAGAUCUAAUGGACUUCCUGGCUGAAGGUGCUGUGGCUAUAGAGGUUUACGGGCACAAAGUAGCAAACCCACGCCGAAACCUCGCACUCUGGGACCUGGGGGUGAUUCAGGACAAGACUCGCUCACUCACAGAGAAGUGGAAUGAGGUGAUGAGAAGGCUGGAGCUCUGGGUGCAGGUGUUGGAGCUGAAUGAGGGGGGAGAGUUUGUCCCUGUGGAGGUGAUUCCUGCUAAAGAUGUGCGCACAGGAGGAGUGUUUCAGCUCAGGCAGGGUCAGUCACGGCGAAUUCGGGUGGAGGUGCGCCCAGUGCCAGAUUCCGGCACCAUGCCCCUGAUGGCCGAGUGUGUGCUCAGCGUGCACGUGGGCAACGUAGAGGUGCAAUCGACUUCACACGUGGGAGACCGCGAGCUGGACAGCUAUCAGGAGAGAGAUUUGGAGCGACUGAAGACACAGUGGCUCACCGCCCUCACUCAGAGACAGGAGAACCUGGACCAGCAGCUCCAAAAUCUCGUCAGUAAGCCAGAUAAGUCCGAGGACGAUGUAGAAAAGGAGGCUCAGCUGUUGGAGUGUCGUCUCACUCUGACAGAGGAACGGAACGCAGUGUUGCUGCCUCCUGCUGGCAGCGGUAUUCCUGGAGCUCCUGCUCAUUGGGUUCCAGCACCAGGAAUGGAGACACACGUCCCGGUCAUCUUCUUAAACCUCACUGCUGAAGAUUUUCAUGAUGGUCUCUCGACUCCGCUGGCUGCAGGCAUGGAUGCGGUCCUGAGCAGAGAGGAUGAGGAUGAUUUCUUUGAGCUGCAGAUCAUAAAGCACCAUGACUCCAAGGUGAAAGCCGAGGCUUCGUGGGACUGCACAGUGCACGAGUGUGCGGAGCUGAGUCGAGGUGGUGGGCCGGAGCAGUGCGUGUAUCUGACCGUGCGGGUUGCUCUGCUCCUCAGUCACCCGGCACAGAUGCAGCUGAUUCUGCGCAAACGCAUCUGCGUCAGUCUCGCUGCACGACAGGGAUUUGCUAAAAGCUUGCUGAAGAGGAUGUCUCAACGGAGCAGCAUUCCUGGCACUGGGGUCACCUUCGAGAUCGUCUCAAACGUCCCUGGGGAUGCUCAGGGCCCGGAGGACAGAGAGAUGUUGGCCAGACUUGCUACUAGUACAGGGAAAAAAGCAGAGGACAGCGAGGCAGCGAUAGAGAAAUACCUGCAUGCAGUUCUUGCUGUGGAGAACACCCUCACACUGGACCGUCUCAGACAGGAAGUGGUGGUGAAAGAGCAGCUUGCCAGUAAAGGGAAGAGUCAGAGACGCUGUCUCAGCUCACCCAACGUCCACAGGGCUGCUUGGGAGAGACACCAGGAUAUUUCUGUGUCACAUUCCUCACUCAAAAAUGCAACGUCUCAUUCGGAACUGUCCCAAAAACCAGAACCAGGACUUUCAGGCAUGGCCUCUGCUUAUUUCUCCCCAGUUAAAGCUCUAGUGACUCCAGUGCCUAAGAUGCUCAAAUCCCUGCUCCCUAAAAGAGAGGAGCAGAAAGACUUAACCAGUCCUCCUGUCUCACAGUCACAGAACAUUCCCCUCAUAGUAAUUCAGUGUGCAACUCCUCAAGUAGACCUCAGUGCUCCUAAACUGGAACCUGUGUACUCCACACCGAUGCCACAACUAAACACAGCGUCCUCAGGACCUGACGUUUCAUCUUUCGCUGUGGCUGGUGUGCGUACUUCUUCAGCAGUUUCACCAAUCACUGCAGCGUCGGACACUGUUACAGAGAACACACCUGAUGCCCAGACCACAGUCACAAAAAGCCAGACACAAAAACCACCGGAGUUUGUAGAAGUUUCUCCUGUGGUUCAAUCUGAAAGCGAAGAUUUAGCUCACAGCCCAGUUAGUGAUGAGUCUAGUGCCUCCAUCUCUACUGCGACUCCAUCAGACAAUCUAGUUGCAAAUAUAGACAUGAACUUGGUGCCCACUUCAGAGUCAGAAGCACAGGAAGCUCUCAAACCGUCACACAAAAUGGAACCAGAGGAGGAAGAUGAUGAUGAAGUGCAGCUUGAACCAGGGAAAAUGGCUGAACAUCCAGCGAUGGAAGAUAAACACCAAGAAAAUGCUACGAAUCCAGAUAGUGAAAAGAAAACUGAUGUCUCCGAUGAAAAAUUCAGUCCACUUUCAGAAAAAUCUGCUCUUGGAUCAUCAUCAUCAUCAUCAUCAUCUUCUCUUUCUGAGAAUUUAGUUGAAGUUGAGCCAAAGGAACCCGUACCGCUCGCUGUAACCCAGCCAUGUAGUGAGCUAGCUUUUCACAAGACCCCACCCUCAGCUCCUGAUCCUGACAUCCAUCCCAAAGCAACACACUCUUCAUCCCAAACAAAGAUUUCAGACCCACUUCCUGUUCCCAAACCUACACCAGCACUAUCAGUCAAACAAGAACAAGUUCUUCAUACCCAGCUAUCCACAUCAAACCCAUUCAGAAUCCAAAAGGUAAAGGCUUCAGGCCUGAAAUCAUUUAAAGGCAUCUUUCAGGAGACGGACGAAGCGUUGGAUAAAGAAGAAGCGGAUCCUCUGGAGAAGCUAGAGAUCCUGUCUGACACAGAGGAAGGCUGUGAGGACGGAGCUUUGCCAGACUGGCUGAAGGAGAACGAAUACGUCACGGUAGGCAGCAACAAACAUGGCACGGUGCGCUACAUCGGACCAACAGACUUCGCAGAUGGGAUUUGGGUCGGCGUGGAGCUCGAUGUGCCAGCAGGCAAGAACGACGGCUCGGUUGGAGGUCGUCACUACUUCCACUGUAACCCAGGGUAUGGGGUUCUAGUGCGGCCGGACCGAGUGGCUCGAGCUUCAGGAACGGCGAAACGACGGAGACAGAAACGGAACUCGCAGAACCUGUCGGGGUCAAACCCAAACUUGGCAGCCCUGACCGCCAUGGCAAAAGGCGACAGUGCAGGAGCACGCCGAGGAGAGAACAGGAAGUCCUGGAACAGCUGAACGAAAAGAACGUAACAACCAGGUCAUCUUUAUUGUUGUCCUUGAGGUGUUUCAACACAAAAGCAUCAAUCUUAAUGAAAAGCAAACAACUCGUUCUGUCCUGGAAGACACGAACACAAAACCAUUUUCGAAAACACUGAGCAAAAACUGCAGUCCAUCUUGAGAACAAAAAAACCCAUCAUCCUGUCAUGGAAGAACUUCAGUCCUGAAUGAAGUUUAUGAAAGCUGUAUUUCUUCUCCGCCUUGAAAGACUUCAACAAAAAGGAUUUCUUCAUCUCCGUAUUAUAAUACGCCGUCUUAUUAAAAAUCUACACGCUUCCAUAGAGCUUUGUGAGCUGGAAAAAACCCAAACCAGUGAUUUUUGUUUUUCAGGAACAGCAGGAGUUCCUUUGUGUUUUCAAAGAGUUUAUGAAAACGCAAAGAGCAGCGACACUUUCUCCACGGGCAAGAAUUACUCUCUAUCCAGGAAGUACAGCUUUUGUGCUUGAAGAACUGAGCAAAAUCUGCUCUUCCCAUCAGUCUUCCUCCAGACUUCCAGUUUAACGGAGUUUGAAUGUUCACCGUGUUCAAACACACGAGACAGAUCAAACAUCAGCCUUCUGGCUCGUUCCAAACGACAUAUCGUUGUAGGAUAUUUUAUAAUCAGCUGUACUAAUCAGUAUUUAUGAUUUUUUUUUUUUUAUAUCUGUGGUAAGUGCCUUAAAAUCAUCUUAUUGACUUACUUUCUGGAGGUUGUGUGAAAUUAAAUGGUUUAUAAUACAUAGGGCCAAAUUACUCAAUUCUGAUUGGCCAAUCAAGGAGGGCUUUUUUUUUUUUCCUUAACACGGGGCUGUAUUUCUGAAAUGUUAUUGGCUAGUUCGUUGCUUAGUUACGGCUACAAAAAUUAGCAAAUUUUGUCAACAAAAUGGCUUUUGUAAAGAAGUUCCAAUAAAAUUCUGUAAACCACUUUCAAAAUCCUCGUGCCGUCUCAUGAUGAAAGACGCUUUAGAAACUGAUUCAAACGUACAAGAUAGUCUCGCGUCCUGAUUGGUUCAGAAAACGUGAAUGACAAAUGUUGUGAACUUGAACGGCUUCCGAAGUAUGAAUUUGGCCCUGUAUAUUAUAAACAAGUAAUCGUAUGGUUCUUCGUAAAAUUAAGGAUCAAUUUCACUCGUGAUUUCAAAGUUUUGAAAUUUUCAAAACUUCAAAAUCACUCGUGAAAUAAAUCCUUAAUUUUACUCGGCCCCAUACCUUUUCUAAUACAUCCACCCUUGUGCAUAUCUUAAAAAAAGAGAAGUGAAUGAUAGAGGUUUCCUGAGGUUUGAAUGUGUACUUUUUUUUUUUUUUUUUUAAUGGUUAAAGAAAGAUUUUAUAAGAUCGCUGGGUGUCACAGCUGCUUCAUGUGCGUGUUUUGAGGGACAUGCUUUUAAAUAUCACUGGGUUUUAUUGUAGUGGUUCGAGUACAGUAUUGCAUCACAUAAUAUGGCUUUUAUUCCAGUUUAAACUGCUUGAACAAAAUUGUUUGAUUCUUGUAAACACUGUUGAUGCUUUUCAUACAAUUAAACACAAACUUGCUCUCA